AUGAAUGUGCAGCCUUGUUCUAGGUGUGGAUAUGGGGUUUACCCCGCUGAGAAGAUCAGCUGUCUAGAUCAGAUAUGGCACAAGGCGUGUUUUCACUGUGAAGUGUGCAAGAUGAUACUAUCAGUCAACAACUUUGUGAGUCACCAGAAGAAGCCAUACUGUCACGCCCACAACCCCAAGAACAACACUUUCACCAGCGUCUACUACACACCUUUAAGUCCAAAUGUGAGGAAACCCCAAGAUGCCAUCAGUGGUGUGGUUGAGCAAGAAGAUGGUGAGCGAUUUAAAUCUGUGUUGAACUGGGACAUGAAUCCCACGGAUGGAACAGCUGGUCCUGAGAAGCAGCCACUGGGGAGCGAGAGACCCUAUUGGACAGGAUAUGGGGAAGGGACUACGACGUGGUGCCCUGGGACUCUGCCAGACCCUGAUAUUGUAAGGAUGGUUGAGGCACGCAAGUCUCUUGGUGAGGAAUAUACAGAAGACUAUGAGGAACAGAAGGGAAAAGGGAGCUUUCCAGCCAUGAUCACACCUGCUUAUCAAAGGGCCAAGAGAGCCAACCAGCUGGCCAGCCAGGUGGAAUACAAGAGAGGGCAUGAUGAGCGCAUCUCCAGGUUCACCACGGUGGCUGAUACCCCUGAGCUGCUGCGGGCAACGGCUGGAGCACAGCUUCAGAGCCAAGCGAGAUAUGCAGAGGAGUAUGAAUGGCAGAGAGGAAAAGGCAGUUUUCCUGCUAUGAUCACGCCUGCCUAUCAGAUAGCCAAAAAAGCCAAUGAGCUGGCGAGUGAUGUGAAGUACCAUCAACAGUAUCAGAAAGAAAUGAAAGGAGUAGCGGGGCCUGCUGUUGGAGCUGCGGGCACAAUGACGAAGGAGUAUGUAGACCAGUAUGGCCAGGGUUACUCAGAAGAAUCUGAAGAACACAGGGGAAAGGGCAGCUUCCCAGCCAUGAUCACCCCAGCUUAUCAGAAUGCCAAGAAAGCCAAUGAACUUGUGAGCGAUAUUAAGUACAGGCAGGACUUCAACAAGAUGAAGGGUGCAGCGCACUUCCAUUCCCUUCCUGCCCGAGACAACUUGGUUCUUCAGCGCGCCCAGAGCGUGAACAAGCUUGUGAGCGAGGUGGAGUAUAAGAAGGAUCUGGAAGGUAGUAAAGGCCACAGUAUCAACUACUGUGAAACGCCUCAAUUCAGGAACUUGAGCAAGAUCGCACAUUUCACCAGUGACAAUAAAUAUAAAGAAAACUACCAGAACCACAUGCGAGGCCACUAUGAAGGAGUUGGUAUGGACAGACGAACUCUUCAUGCUAUGAAAGUUAGAAAUCUGGCAAGCAACAUUGCCUACAAAGCUGAUUAUAAACACGACGUUGUUGACUACAACUACCCAGCCACUCUGACUCCCUCCUAUCAGACCACAAUGAAACUGGUUCCCCUGAAAGAUGUCAACUACCGACAGAGCAUUGACAAGCUGAAGUACAGCUCUGUAACCAGCACUCCUCAGAUUGUUCAGGCCAAAAUCAAUGCCCAGCAACUGAGUCAAGUGAAUUACCGGGCUGACUAUGAGAAGAAUAAGCUGAAUUACACUCUGCCUCAGGAUGUCCCUCAACUGGUGAAGGCCAAGACCAACGCUGAGCUAUUUAGCGAGGUUAAGUACAAAGAAGACUGGCAGAAGACAAAAGGGAAAGGCUUUGAGAUGAAGCUGGAUGCUAUAUCUCUGCUGGGUGCCAAGGCCUCCGGGGAGCUGGCUAGCAAUAUUAAAUACAAAGAAGAAUACGAAAAGACAAAAGGCAGAGCCAUGGGGACCACAGACUCCAGGAUCCUGCACUCCCUGCAGGUUGCCAAGAUGAGCAGUGAGGUUGAAUACAAGAAAGGUUUUGAAGAGAGUAAGACCCACUUUCACCUACCCAUGGAUAUGGUCAACAUCAAGCAUGCUAAGAAGGCCCAGGCCCUCGCCAGUGACCUGGACUACAGGAAGAAGCUGCACAAGUUCACGGUGCUGCCGGAAGACAUGAAGACUCUCUGGGCCAAGAAAGCCUACGGGCUGCAGAGUGAGCUGCAGUACAAGGCGGAUCUGGUCUGGAUGAAGGGGGUCGGGUGGCUGACAGAAGGAAGUCUCAAUCUCGAACAAGCCAAGAAGGCUGGACAGCUGGUCAGCGAGAAAAACUACAGGCAGAAAGUGGACGAGCUGAAGUUCACCAGUGUGGCGGACAGCUCCCAGAUGGAGCAUGCCAAGAAAAGCCAGGAGCUGCAGAGCGAGGUGGCCUACAAGGCAGGAAAUGCACAGUCUGUCCAUCAGUACACCAUCAGCAAGGACGAGCCUCUGUUCUUACGGGCCCGAGCCAAUGCUGCAAACCUCAGUGAGAAACUGUACAAGAGCAGCUGGGAGAAACAGAAGGCAAAAGGGUUUGAGCUGCGUCUGGACUCCCUGAUCUUCCUGGCAGCCAAAGCCAAGAGGGACCUGGCAAGUGAGGUGAAGUACAAGGAGGAUUAUGAGAGAACCAAGGGGAAGCUCAUCGGGGCCAAGGAUGUACAGGGGGAUUCCCAGAUGAGCCACUCACUGCAAAUGUCCAAGCUGCAGAGCGAACUGGAGUACAGGAAGGGAUUCGAGGACACCAAGUCCCAGUACCACAUCUCCCUGGACAUGAUCCACCUCGCGCAUGCCCGCAAGGCCCAGCAUUUAGCCACGGACAUAGGCUACAAGACGGCAUCCCAUCACUUCACUGCUCUGCCUACAGACAUGAGGGUGGAAUGGGCCAAGAAGGCUUACGGUUUGCAGAGUGACAACCAGUACAGGGCCGACGCCAGGUGGAUGAAAGGCGCAGGCUGGGUCGCCACCGGGUCGCUGGCCGCCGAGCAGGCGAAGAAGGCAGCGCGACUCAUUAGCGAGAGGAAGUACCGUCAGCAUCCUGAUGCUUUGAAGUUUACCAGUAUUAAAGACACUCCGGAGAUGGUCCAGGCCCGAAUUAGUUAUACCCAAGCCGUGGAUAGGCUGUACAGGGAACAAGGAGAAAACAUAAAACAUCAUUACACGCAGACGGCUGACCUGCCCGAAGUCCUGCUGGCCAAGCUGAACGCCAUGAAUCUGAGCGAGACACGUUACAGGGAAUCCUGGAGCAAACUUCGAGAUGGCGGGUAUAAACUGAGAUUGGAUGCCAUUCCAUUCCAGGUGGCCAAAGCUUCUGGGGAAAUCAUCAGUGAUUAUAAAUACAAAGAGGCAUUUGAGAAAAUGAAAGGCCAGAUGCUUGGCUCCCGGAGCUUGGAAGAUGAUAUCAGCCUUGCGCACUCCGUGCGUGCGACCUCACUGCAGAGUGAUGUGAAUUACAGGAAAGGCUUUGAGCACUCAAAGACACAGUUCCACCUGCCAUUGGACAUGGUCACCUUGGUACAUGCCAAGAAGGCUCAGACCCUGGCCAGCGACCAGGACUACAAAUGCCCACUCCCCCAGUACACUUCCUUGGUGGAGGACCUGAGGCUCAGCUGUGCCAAGAAAGCUCACAAAUUACAGAGCGAGAACUUGUAUCGGUCGGACCUGAAUUUCAUGCGUGGCGUGGCCUGUGUCAUUCCAGGAACAUUGGAGAUUGAAGGGAGGAAAAAAGCAUCUGAACUCAUUAGCGAGAGUAAAUACCGCCAGCAGCCUCAGUUGUUCAAGUACACAGCAGUGACCGACUCGCCCAGCCUCCUCCAUGCGAAAUUCAGCAAUCAGAUUACCAACGAGCGCCUCUAUAAGGCAGCAGGAGAAGAUACCAGACACAAGUACACCAUGACCCUGGGGCUUCCUGAGUUUGUCCGAGCAAAAACCAAUGCGGCCAAUCUGAGUGAUGUGAAAUACAAGGAGUCUUGGUGUAAUUUCCGUGCUCAAGGCUACAAGCUGACAACAGAGGCGCUUCCCUUCCAAGCAGCCCGGGCCUCUGGAAAUAUCGCCAGUGAUUUUCUCUACAGACAUGACUUUGUGAAGGAACGGGGCCGGCUCAUCGGGCCGCGCAGUGUGAAUGAUGACCCCCGGCUCCGGCACUGCCAGCGGAUGGGCCAGCUGCAGAGCAAGCUUCAGUACCGGAGGGAGGCGGCAGACACCCAAAGCCAGUACCACCUGCCCAUGGACAUGGUGAACCUCGUCCACGCCAGAAAGGCCCAGGCCUUGGCCAGUGACCGUGACUACAGGACCCGGUGCCACGAGUUCACCGCGCUGCCCGAGGAUUUGAAGAUGGCCUGUGCCAAGAAAGCCCAUGCGCUGCAGAGUGAGUUUCGCUACAAAUCGGACCUGAUGGGCAUGAAGGGUGCUGGAUGGCUGGUGCUGUGCUCGCCACAGAUGGAGAACGCGAGGAAGGCCGGAGAACUCAUCAGCGAGACCAAGUACCGUAAGAAGCCCGACAGCAUCAAGUUCACCACAGUGGUCGACUCCCCAGACCUGGUGCAUGCCAAGAGCAGCUACCUGCACUGCAACGAGCGCCUGUACAGGUCUGGUGAUGCCGCAUCCCUGCAUAGGUACACCUUGAUCCCCGACCACCCCGACUUCGCCCGAGCCCGCCUCAACACUCUUCAUCUGAGUGAUAAAGUCUACAGAAACUCCUGGGAGCAGACCCGGGCUGGUGGCUAUGACUUCAGACUGGAUGCUAUCCCAUUCCAGACGGCUCGUGCCUCCAGAGAGAUCGCCAGUGACUUCCGUUACAAGGAGGCCUUCCUGCGAGACCGGGGCCUGCAGAUUGGCUACCGUAGCGUCACUGAUGACCCGCGGAUGAAGCAUUUUCUCAGCGUUGGCAAACUCCAGAGUGACAAUGAGUAUAAGAAGGACUUUGCCAAGACCCGGUCCCAGUUCCACAGCUGCGUGGACCAGCCCGGCCUCCUCCAAGCCAAGCGGAGCCAGCAGCUGGCCAGCGACGUGCACUACAGGCAGCCCCUUCCCCAGCCCACCUGUGACCCUGAGCAGCUGGGCCUGAAGCACGUGCAGAAGGUCCACCAGCUGCAGAGUGAUGUCAAGUACAAAUCAGACUUGAACCUGACCAGAGGUGUUGGCUGGACCCCUCCGGGCUCCUACAAAGUGGAGAUGGCUAGGAGGGCUGCGGAGCUGGCCAAUGCCAGGGGCCUGGCGCUCCGGGGCUCUUAUGAGGUCCCCACAGCUGUGGAUAAUGGUAGUGAACUUCAACGGGAAGAUGUGAAUCCUGACGCCACUGAGAUUCUGCAUGUCAAAAGGAGGAAGGCUGUGUUCUGA